UCCCAACAUCCGGCAAUAAGGAAGCUCCUUAGAAGAGUAAGACAAUAGCUCAGCGAGUCAUGAUUUUACUUUAAUCCAGUAUUCUUCCAGUUGCAAACAUAUUACAAAACCUUAGACUAUUGAAAACACCACAUUUUAGACAUUUCUCGAAGGAACCAACAUGGAAGUUUAUAUAUAUGCAGUUGUUUGUGUGAUUCUAAUUGGAUCAAGUUAUGAACAGACACAGAAAAAUGCCAAGGAGCUCCAGCUGAACCCUUGCCUUGGCCAACCAAACUGUGGCAGCUGUAUUGGUGCGGGACCGCUGUGCGGAUGGUGCUAUCAGGCAGGCUGGGAGGAGAAACAGAGUUCCAGAUGUGACAAAAUUGACAAUCUCAUCCACUAUGGCUGUGAUAUGACCUUCAUCGUCAGCCCAGAUAAUGUGGUCGACUAUAUUCAGAAUCAACCCCCCAAGGAUCAAGACGAGGCUGGUCCUCCUAUACAACUUUCCCCACAAGUCAUGAAUCUCGUCCUCAGACCAAACAAACCGGUGACAUUUGAGCUUACGUUCCGACUGGCAGAAGAUUACCCCGUGGAUUUGUAUUAUUUGAUGGACCUGUCUCAGUCUAUGAAGAAUGAUAAAGACAAGCUGGCAGCGUUAGGAAACCAAAUAUCUGACCGUAUGAGCAACAUCACAAAAAACUUCCGUCUAGGGUUUGGAUCAUUUGUAGACAAAGUCACCAUGCCCUGGAUUAGCACUGUGCCAGCAAAGCUCAUUUCUCCAUGUGAUGGAUGUGCUGCCCCCUAUGGGUUUAAAAACCAACUACCCUUGACUGUGAAUACUUCCCUGUUUGCUGGUGAGGUACAGAGGGCUCCAGUAUCUGGUAACUUGGAUUCUCCAGAAGGAGGCUUCGAUGCCAUCAUGCAGGCCACAGUGUGCAAGGAGCAGAUUGGCUGGAGAGACCAGUCCAGGAAGAUGCUGUUAUUUUCUACAGAUGCUACUUUCCACUACGCUGGGGAUGGAAAGCUAGGAGGUAUUGUCACCCCCAAUGAUGGCCAGUGUCACCUUGAUGGCACGGGGACAUACACUCACAGCACUCUUUUGGAUUACCCAUCCAUCAGUCAGAUACGCAGCAAGCUAUCAGAGAACAAGAUGAACCUGAUAUUUGCAGUCACAGCUGAGCAGAAAGCAAUCUACGAAAAACUAAGUGAUCUCAUUGAGGGUUCCAGCACAGGAGAACUGGCGGAUGAUUCCAGCAAUAUUGUGGAUCUUAUUCAGCGGAAUUAUGAUCUGAUCACUUCCAAGCUGGAGUUGGUGGCCAGUAGUAUGGAGAAUAUAUCUGUCAGCUUCAGGUCCAAAUGUCAGGGAAACAUCACCAGGGACACAUCUUCCUGUGAUGGUAUGAAAAUUGGAGAUGAAGUAACAUUCGAGGUCACCGUAGAGGUCAAGUCUUGUCCCGUUGACCACCAGCAGAGAGUGAGGAACAUCACCAUCUCUCCCAUAGGUUUGACAGACCAGUUAACUCUCCAGAUUGACCUCAUUUGUGAGUGUGACUGUGAGAAAACAGCCAACGAGAAAAGAAAUGCAUCAGAGUGCUCGUACCAUGGGACCUUAGAAUGCGGCAUGUGCACGUGUGAUGAAAAACGCUACGGAAAAUUCUGUGAAUGUGACGGCACCAAUCUCCAGAGUGAGGAUUAUGAUGCUGCUUGUAAAAUGACCAAUGAUUCCCUCACCUGCUCUGGUCGUGGAGAGUGUCUGUGUGGGAAGUGCUAUUGUAGCGCAAGGACCAGAGGAUCCCAGCAGAAAUUCAGCGGCACGUUCUGUGAAUGCUACGACUAUGACUGCCCGCGACACAACAAGGAGUUGUGUGGAGGUCGCGGGACGUGUAACUGUGGUCAGUGUAUUUGCUCCCAGGGUUACAAUGGGUCAGCCUGUGAGUGUCCAACCAGUCAGGACAGCUGUAAGGCCUCCAAUGGGGAGCUGUGCAAUGGCCGUGGAAGGUGUGAAUGUGGCAAAUGCAAAUGUGAUCUGGAGUCAUUUUACAGAGGACCUACUUGUGAAGAUUGUCCUACUUGCACGGGGAAGUGUAAUGACAACAAGGCAUGUGUUCAGUGCCGAGCGUUUGAGUCGGGACCUCUGUCUCAAGAGGAGUGUAAGGCCAAGUGCCCUGAGAUUACCAUGCAGGAUAAUGUGGAAGAAACGGCAGAGGCCAAACUUUGCCAGUUUAAGGAUGACGAUGACUGCCAGUUUUUCUUCACCUACGAAUACGACGCCAACAACCAAGUCAUCAUCAAGGCCCAGAAUACUAAAGUGUGCCCCACCCCAGUGAAUGUGAUGUGGAUAGUGAUAGGAGUGAUAGCGGGUAUUGUGCUGAUAGGACUGGCACUGCUACUGGUGUGGAAGGUUCUCACCACAAUACAUGACAGGAGAGAGUUUGCCAAGUUUGAGAAGGAGAGGUUAAAUGCUAGAUGGGACACGGGAGAAAACCCCAUCUACAAACAGGCAACAUCCACAUUUAAAAAUCCCACAUAUGCUGGAAGUGGAUAGAACCAGGAAUACAGUGAAGUCAACAAUAGAAGUCUUAAACAGCUCUAUGCAAUGUGGACAUGUGUAAUAUGUAUUAACAGUGGUGCUCUAGUAACAGUCCUCUCUCACAAAAAUAAACUUUUUUUAAUUGAAUUGAAUUUGGAUGACUGGGCAGGACAUACAGCAGCCAUUGUUUAGUCAUAGAAUCUGUCCCCAGUAAUGGGAGGUAAAGGUUGCCCCACUGCUGGAUGAUGCUAGCAAGGAGGAAGCAUUCAUUUUACGAAAAAAAGAACUUGGUGCUCAAAGAAGAAAAAAUGCUUGAAAUAUGAAGUUUUUUAAAAGCCAUCUUCUUGGCCUCAUUUCUAUAGAAUCUGCACAUAUUUUUUGGCAUAUUAAAAACACCAUUGUAAUUGUCAUUUAUACAGUGCAUUACUUAGUGUCUAGCUUAAUAGCCUCUGCAUAAUUUCUUUGCCUAAUAUCUUUAGUCAUUGCUUAUAUGGAACAAAUCUUGUGCAAUGCAUUUUGUUAAAUUUUUCUACAACUCAAAGACAAUUCUGAUGUACAUGGAUUUACAGUACCCUAAUAGUGGUAAUCAGAAUAUUUACAGUACCCUAAUAGUGGUAAUCAGAAUAUUUACAGUACCCUAAUAGUGGUAAUCAGA